AUGGGGGUAAAAAGAAUUGCAGUGAUUGGUGCGGGGGUCAGCGGACUAGGUGCCGUUAAGUGCUGUUUGGAGGAGGGACUAGAACCUACCUGUUUUGAAAAGAGGAGUGACAUCGGAGGACUGUGGAAAUAUGAGGAGAUACCAAAAAGUGGAAAUCUCGGGAUAUACAAAUCUUUAACCUGCAAUACAUCCAAGGAGAUGACAGCCUUCAGCGACUACCCCAUCCCUGAUCAUUUCCCCAACUACAUGCACAACUCAAAAAUGAUGGAGUAUCUCAAGAUGUAUGCCAGACACUUUGGGCUCAUGAAACACAUCCAGUUCCAGACAAAUGUGUGCAGUAUAAAGAAACGCCCUGACUUUUCAUCUUCUGGUCAAUGGGACGUGGUAGUAGAGACCGAGGAGAUGCAGAAAACCUACAUAUUUGAUGGGAUAAUGGUUUGCAGUGGUCACUACACUGAGAAGUACUUUCCUUUACAAGACUUUGAAGGAAUCAGCAAGUUCCAAGGCAGCUGUCUCCACACCUGGGAGUACAAACACCCGGACAACUUUGUGGGGAAGAGAGUGGCAGUGAUCGGCCUUGGGAAUUCAGGAGCAGAUGUGGCAAGCGAGAUCAGCAGGGUCGCUGACCAGUUUGAGGAUGGAACCAAGGAGAACAUAGACAUUGUCAUCUUUGCCACAGGCUAUAAAUUGUCAUUCCCUUUCUUGAGUGAUGCCUCAGGGGUCCUAGACAACCAGUACUCCAUGUUUAAAUAUGUCUUCCCUCCUGAGCUAGAGAAGCCAACUCUGGCUUUCAUUGGCAUCCUCCAGCCAGCUGGAGCCCUCCUCCCCACAAGUGAGCUCCAGAGCCGAUGGGUUGUGCACGUGUUCAAAGGACUAAAAAAGUUGCCCUCAAGGAGAGCCAUGAUAGCUGACAUCAACAGAAAGAAACAAAUAAUGGCCAAAGACUCUAAGAAAAGUCUCAAAGGCCAUCGCCGAGUAACAUUCAUCGACUACAUGGACGAAAUUGCUUCUGAGAUAGGUGUCAAACCCAACCUGCUCUCUCUCCUCCUCUGGGAUACAAAACUGGCUAAGGAAGUGUUCUGUGGUCCUUGCACCUCCUACCAGUACCGUCUACAGGGGCCAGGGAAAUGGCAUGGGGCUCGGGCAGCCAUCCUCACUCAGAGAGAAAGGAUUCUCAAACCCCUGAGAACCCGUGUGGUCAAACAAUCUCACCUCUCUCCUCUAUCCUGGGUCAAAAGUGUUUGUGUUGUCAUUUUUUUCUUUAUUUUCGUAUUAGUUAUCAUGCAUAUCACAAGUCACUAA